UUCCUCUUUUUUUCUACAUGGGCCUAGCCCUUGUGUUGGUUUUGGACUUGGACAGAUUCUCUGCGCUGAUCUUCAACUCCAUCUCUCUCUCUCUCUCUCUAGAAAUUUUCCUUCUUGCGUAAAAGUUCGGCCCUUGAAACGCGGUUUAUGGAGCCCGGGCUCUCUGUUACAGUCACAAUUAUCUGAGCGCCUAUCAAGUGUAACAAGAAGUUUGUGGAGACAUACCAAGAUAGCCUCCAAGUGAAGAUUUUCCAAUAAUUAGGUGUCAUAUUUGGUUUGCUAACUUAUUCCUAAAAUCAUGUCAGCCCCGAAUGAUGAUAAUGCAUCUGCUCAUUCUCAGUUGUCAUCUCAUUUUUUCACGGGCCUUCUAGACUCAAUAAUUGUUGAUGUUGCAUCCGAGUGCCACAGGAUAGCUAGGUUGGGUCUUGAUCGUAAUUUGGAAGAAGAAGAAGAAGAGUUGAGGCUGUCAACACAAGCUCGAGUGAUGGUAGCUGAUCCUAGUAAUAGUGGUGAAGCAAACAGCAAGUAUGUUGUUGACAUAUUUGGCCAAACUCAUCCUGCUAUUGCCAAUGAAAUAUUUGAGUGCAUGAAUUGUGGCCGGGCAAUCAUGGCUGGAAGGUUUGCUCCUCAUUUGGAGAAGUGCAUGGGCAAGGGUCGGAAGGCUCGGCUCAAGGCAACAAGAAGUAGCACAGCUGCACAGAACCGGUACUCACGCAGCAGCCCAGCUUCAGCAUACUCUCCCUACUCCAAUUCCCAUACCGUAAACCGGGUUGUAAAUGGAACACAUGUUGUUACAGGUGAGGACCAUGCGGAGAGCACUUUUGAAGAGACUUGAAGUUCCUAGAAACAGUGGUCUUUUGAACAUCAAUAGUGAGUGAGCCUCCUAAGUACAUGCCAUGUUGGUUUGGGGUUUUUGAUUGUAUUGUGUUUGCAAAUGGGAAAAUAUAAACUUCAUGUCUUUGCCUUUGGGACUUGCUUUGGCAGCAUGGCCUCUUCUUGCUCAACAUGGCCUGUGAAUGAUCAGAGAGUAAGUUAAUUAAAGUCUUCUUUAUUUGUUUA